AGCCGUUUGGUUCAUUUUACAGUCAUUCACAGCGCAAAGCCGAGAAAAGAACGUCAAACCAUGUGCCAGAUCGUGAGUAGCAAUCGGAGUGACGUAGAGGACAUUUCGACGUCACUCCCAGCGCGCCGAAUCAUGCGUAGGCCUCACUUUGUAGGCAAUUCCAAGGAUAUUCUGCUCUGUCCGGUGAUGGGCAAACUCGCGCUCCCGCCCGACCAAUUCGAGAAGAAGAGAAGAGCCGGGCCGUCGGCUCCACCGCCCGUCCCGUCUUUAGCUAAAGAGGAGAAACAUUCUUGCCUUAUUUGUUCUCACUUUGUUGAAGAUGCGUCUGCCGGCUCAUCUCCUUCGCCUACCAAUAGCGAAGUCACCUUCGUGUCAGUUUUUCAGGUACUUCGCCGAUCAACCCAGCCGGCUCAUUUCCUCAUCAUGUCUGCAGUCAUAGCCUUGGCUAUGAUUUUUUAUCCGGGUAAGACGAGCCUCGUCAAGCUCGAAAUUCAAACGCCCGUCGACUCUACCCUAUGGCCGCUACUCUAUCUCUCCUCUUUCAGCCUACUGUUCGGAGCCCAAAUGUGGAUGACGUUCGUUUCAGGCCUCGUUCUACUUUUCAUUUUGCCUCGUCACACCUUCGCCUGUGUCCAGAGUGCACUGUUUCCAAAGUACAUGAUUCUCAACGGUGUUACCGCCUUGGCCGUCCUUAUCAGCUUCGUGCAAACGAAGAAAGUUUGGUCUUCACAAGAGAACUACCAGGUUAUGGGACUGACGGUCAACUGUUUGUGUCCCCUGAUUGCGCGCAUCAUCGUCGUACCGAGUUUACUCGAGCGCAUCAAAGCCAAAGUGAUUCUGGAACGAGCCGCUGGACACGGGCCGGAAGCGGGACCCAAACUGACAUCAGCUACCGACGCACUUCUGCAGCAGUGCCCUACGUACCGUCGAACGUGUCAACGUUUCCGCCAACUUCACGCUAUCGUAGCCACCGUUAAUAUCGUCACGCUUGCCUGCAACGCCUUCCACUUGUACUAUCUCGCCUCUAAAAUCUCUUUUCAUCACUAACUCGAGAAAAGGAGCUCUCGCUAACUUGAAAUUACUUUUUCUCAACAUUUACCCCCCCUUCUCCUGCCCAUUAAUAACUUUGCAACAAAGUGAAGAUGUCUUUGUAAACAACGACUGGAUAUUAUUUAUGCAAAAUUUUUAUCAUCUAGGUGCAUUGUAGCUUUUUCUUUUGUAUUUCGUACGUGUGACAUUAAACACAAGCGACAGUAAGAAAAAAAAAAAUUAAAAUUUUUUAAAAUUCAAAUAACAACGAAUAAUAAAAAGACUUAGUUUUCUGCUUCA